AUGUUUGCGUUCGACAAGAUGAUAUCCCAGCUGGACGACGUGGCUGCCAAGGGAUGUUGGCAGCAGAACCCGAAGCCUACCGCCAAGAGUCUGACCGCACUGCGGCUGGAGGCGUUCCGCGCCGCUGAAGCGCUCGCGUUCGACAUGAGCGUGGAUAUGACGCGCCCCAAGCACGGCGGUGACGCAGACGGCAGUGAAGCGGGUAAGGUGCAGCAGGAGCCAGCGGGCUCGCAGGUUGCCGACCACGGUGGUCUCGCUCUCACUGGUGGUACACAGCAGCGGCAACAGGACAACACGGCACAUGGGGCUGACCGCAUUGCAGACGUGGGGGACGCGGAUGACGCGUGCAAGGGGAAACCGGAGGAUGGGGCUGAUCGCGCUGAUGGGGCUGAUCGCGCUGAAAGGCGUGAGUCGGAAGAGUCGAGCGAGGAGUUGGCGGAAGCUCACGAGGUCGCGGCCGUGGCUGCCAGUAGGCCUACAACAUCCGGGAAGAGCAUCAGGCAACUCGCGCAGCAUCUGGCACCCGGAGCCGGGAGCGCGGGCCCCAGUGGUGAGUUUGGCGGCAAGAGUCCCGUGAGUGGUCCGCGGAAGUUCGACGCAUUGGCCGCGUUGCCAGCCGUUAUGCUGGCCGAGGAGAUUAUGCGGCUCGAUCACAAGCUGGCAUCUCAGGGGGAACAGAUUGCCAUGCUGAAGAAGCGCCCUGAGUCUCGGGAAGGUGGCGUCGCGGUCGUCUCUUACGAGGAUCUCGCCGCGGCAGUCGAGAAGGCGCAGCGUCAGAUGGAGAACGCGGCUCGGGGCAUGGAGGAGGAGUCUAAGGCUCUCGCGUUGGAAAGGGCCGCACUUCGCGAUCAAAGGAACCAGGAGGCAUUGGUUCUCGCUCGCAUUGAUGCGAGGCUGGGACAGCUGCAGGGGGUGGUGGUCGACUCCAUGGAAGGCGCGCAGAAGAAGCUGACUGACGAGGUAUCGCGGAAGAUAGACAACAUGUCGUCCGCGGUAUCGGCCACAUCAGAGCGUGCCAUCACCACCAGCGGGGUCACACACGCCCUGAACACGAUCAUCGCCCUAGUUGCCGGGAGCCCGCCGCCGCGCAUGGACGCGGAAGAACAUAACGCGUGCACCCGUUGCACGGGAGCGGCAGACGGCGUGGGCGGGGUUUUUCCCGAGCCGCGCCAUAUGAACAUACCAGUCCAUCCGGGCCCUGGUGGGUUGGCUUCCACCAGGUCCCCCCCCUGGUGGAACCGGGUUCCCACCAGGGCCGCACACGGAUGCCUGGUGUGUCGCGUUCCCCAGCUGGGAAUUGCACGCGAGAGGGAGUUGCCCGCCCGCAUGCAGGUCCCUAGCGAGAUCCGGGCGGCGGAGUAA